AUGGUCUCUCAUCGACCAGAGAUUCAUUCUGGCAAUUAUCAUUUUUGUUUUGACACAAAAAAUGAAAAGGACAAAAUGAGUUAUAUUAAUCCAAUAUGGUUAGAUGACUGUGAAGAAAAUUUAUCAUUAAUAAAUGAAUGGAAAACAUGCAUUCGUUUGCCAAUAAAACAAGACGGACGAGUUGAUUCAUCAAAAAGAAAAUUUGAUGAUAUUCAUGCAAGAUUAUUAUUAUUUCUUAAUCGUCUUCGGCAAAUCGAAAUAAUUGAUCAAAAAAGAAAUAAUCAAACAGAUAUAAACAUUUUUACUCGAAUUGAUCAUGCUCAAGGUCAAAUUAUUGAAUUACAAAAGAAAACAACAUCGGAACAAAUUAUUAAAAGUUUUUGGCUUGUUGUUAAAAAAGUUGUUCAACUUCCAAUUAAUAUUAAAGUUAUGCAAUUCAGUGAUAUUAAAUGUGAUGCUGAAUCAACAACACUAGCAAUAGCUUAUCCAUUGGAUCAUAUUCAUGAAAAAUCAUCAUAUGAAAAUCUUCCUUGUCAACCAUUAUUUGCUUAUUUACCUCUUCGUUCAUAUGGUUUUCGUUUUAUUCUUCAAGGUGAUUUUGAAGUUCCAGCAACUCGACAAGAAAUUUUACGUGAUAAUGGUUGGAAUGAAUGGUUAAAAAAAGAAAUGAUUCAACUUCUUCCAUUAGCUUAUGAAUAUUUUAAAAUAUUACCAGAUAUUCUUCAAACUUGUUCAAUUGAUGUUCAAAAUCAUAUUGGAUCAUUAAAUUUAAUUCAAACAAUAAAAUAUUUUAUUAAAACAAUUCCAACAUAUAAUGAUAUUGAUCCUUAUUUUAAUUCAUUUAUUGAUAAAAGUAUUCAAGGACUUAUGGGAUCUAUUCAAUUACCUGUUAUUAUAGAUGAAAUAAAUCAAACAAUUCAAUGGAUUUCACCAACACAAUGUGUUUUUGUUCGAGAUUCAUUUAUAAAAGAAAUAUUUACUUCAGAUUUACUUUUUUCACAUUUUAAAAAUUAUUAUCUUAAUGAACAAUUUGUUCAUGAAUGUGAUCAAUCAAUUUUAAUUAAAUUAGGUUGUCGAAAAUUAGAUUUUUCAAAUAUUUUACGACUUAUUCGAUCACUAUACACACAAAAUGAACAGGAACAUACAACUAAAACAACGAAUAUUGAACAAAUUGCUCAAUGGUUUUUAUGUAUUGAUUAUAGUUUACAACAAGAACGAGAAAGGCCUGGUUUUAAUAUUGAUGAUGAUAAUCAAAGAGAACAAACAACAAUUGAACAACUUAAACAAAUGAAAAUAAUUCCAUUAAAAGAUCAAACACAAUUAGUGUCUAUUGAACAAUAUCAAGAACGAGCCAUUUUUUUUCCAUUAGAUAAAUCUAUUUCUUAUGCUAAACAUCUUAAAAUUGUUCUUGAAGAUCUUCCGACUAUUGAUGAACGAUUACUUGAUUAUAUUGAAAAAAAAUAUCCACGUCGUCUAGAAUCAAUCAAACGUUUGCUUAAAGAUUUGGAAAUUUAUGCUCCUAAACCUGAUCAUUUUGCAAGCGAAAUGGAGAAAUUAAAAAGUAUGUUAAUCAUCAAAGUACGUCAAGGUAAAUUUAUUCGUAUUAAUUCAAAUGGUCCAAAUAUUGUUCAUUUAACAUCAUAUUAUGGAUGUAAAGCGUCGCUUGAUUCCCUAAAAUUAUCAACACAUCAAUUUACAUUUAUCUCAGAUGAUUAUUUUCAACAAUAUCACAGAGAAUUAUUUUAUCAAGAUCGAGAACGAUAUCACUUUAUAAAUUUUCUUAAUGAACUUGAUAUUCACGAUUUUUUCCUUGUAAAAAGAGUAAAACAGGGAUUUAUCAAUGUUGAACAACUUGUUGGAACACAAUGGAGUCAUACUAUUGGAAAAUUAUCGACAUUAAUUUUUGAACCGUUUAUCAUCCAAGAUAAUCGUUGUGAUGAAUUUGAUGCACUGAUUUUGUCAAAAGAUAAUGUUAGUGUAGAACAAUAUUCUCAGAUUUUGCUUUAUCUCGACAAUUGUUUUGAAUUAGUUAAACAUUUUUUUGCAUCAUCAGUUAUUCGAUCUCGUGAUCAGCAUACUGGAAAUCCAACACCAGUAUUGGCUGUUGAAUCUUCGUUUUGUUUGUUGUUGAGAACACAUUCAUGGAUACCCGUCAUUGGUGGACAAUUCUAUAAGCCAAUUGAUGUCUAUUAUUUGCCAGUCAAUCAUUCUUUCCAUCAUUACGUUCCUUGUUUAGAUCAAGCAAAAAUACCAUUAAAAAAUGAAAAUUUUAUUAACUUACUUGGAUUUAAACGCGAAAUUCUUCCGAUUACUAUUUUUGAAUUGUUUAUGAAAUGGUCUUGUUAUCUUGAUAGUGAUUCACUAUGGAAUUUAAUUAAUACAAAUCAAGAUCAAUCGUAUGACAUCAUACCUUGUACAAUGUCUACAACGAUGCAUCAAUCUUGUCGUGAUACAAUAAAUAAUAUCCGUCAAGUUUAUAUGCUUUUUGCUGCUGAUAAAGAGACCUUAACUCAUCUUUCUCGAUUUCGUCAAUGGCCACUUAUCUUUAUUCCCCGAACUGCCGAUAUCGGUGAAUUUUUAUAUGCUAAUGAGGUUUUUUGGCAUGAUCCUGAGUCAUUAUUAACUGUAGAAAAUACAUUUCAUUAUCAAUCAACUCAAUGUAUUGCCUUACAAACAUACUAUGGAAAUGUUCCUGGCUUGCAUCAAUUAUUUGUUAAUGUAUUUAAAGUAAAACAACAACCGACACUAGAAGAUUAUCUUCCAUUGUUAAAUAAUCUUGUCGAUAAAAAUAUUCAAUAUAUAUGGAAAUGUAUUCGAGUCAUAACACGUUUAGCAUUUGCACAAAAUAAACAAGAAAUGGUGAAAGAUAAAUGUUGUGAUUGGACAUUUAUUCCUUGUAUAAGUUAUACAGACAAUUUAGCCAAAUAUACUGAUCGACUCUAUUAUCCACAUGAUCUAGCUAUUGCUGAUCUUUUUUCAGACAUUAUACCAAUCAUUAAAAUAUCAGACGAUUUGAAACAUUCACAUGAAUUUAAACAACAAUUUUGUUCACUAUUUAAUAUUGAAGAUCUUAGUGAUGUUAUUCAAGUUAUAAUUGAUGUUGAAAAUGAGCAAUCAGCAAAAGAAUUGCUUGAUUUUUACAGUCAUUCAAUUCAUCUUAUUCAACAUUACUUAUUAAUGAAUCAAUAUAUAUCUGAAAAUCGAUCAAAUCACUUUCAAUCGAUCUUCUCCCAAAUGAGUUUUAUUUCAGUUGAGUCAAUUCGUUUAUCAUACCGAUAUAAAGAGAAUAUAACUCGAACAUCGCCAUUAUCUUCUGUUCUUGAUAGCUAUAUUGGUGAAUCAACAAGAAAAUUUUAUAUUUUACAUAAAUAUGAAAAAUCCGAGAAUCGUCAUAUUGACACAAUGGUUAAUUAUCUUAUUCAGGAUGAAACAAAUCGCUUGAAACUUUCAAAAUACAUUCAAAAUCUUUUUAAAAUUUAUCAAGACAACGGUUUAGAUGGUCUCAAUAAACAAAGAGAAAAUCUUUCAGAACAACAAUUAUCGAAGUGGAUUAUUCCACAGAUUAUUAAAGAAGAACCGAUUGUUUUGACUGAAGAUGAAGAUGAAGUAAAUAGUAAUGAAUCUAUCGUUAUUCCAUCAGAAAUGUUAGAAAAUUUAUUGAAUGAACCCGCUUUUAAAUUGCCCAUCCCAAACCCAAAUGUACCGAGAGAUCCAAAUCAAUCGAAAAUAUUGACCUGUUUUCCUGAUAAACCUAGUUCAGGAGUUGUUACUGAAACUUCUAAUACAAAUACUCAAUCGACAGAUGCAUCUGACAACGGAAACAGAACACACCAAAUACCUUCUCAAAAUAUAUCAAAUUCAUCUGAAUCAAUAGCUUCAUUGACAAUUGAUAAAACAAUUAAUGCCAACGAACAUACUAAUGAAAAGAAAAAUGUCGAACAAGUUAAAUCAAGAGAGAAUGAACAACAUGUUGACAUAAAAACUCAGCCGGAAUCAAAUGAAAGUGGCGAAUCGGCUAAGCAUCAAAUAACGUCAGUCACUAUAGGAAAUUUCAUUUCACCAGCACGCAUCAACUUUGAACAGAUUCGUAUCUCAACGUUUACUAAUGUGACUCUAUGUUCUGAAACAUUACCUAAUUCUCCAACUUCUACAAAUGUUACAUCAAGUAGCAAUGAAAAUGAUAUUAUCAUCGGUCGUCGUGGUGAAGAAUUUGUCUAUAAAUAUCUUCAAUGGAAAUAUACUGAUAGAGAAAUCCAGUGGAUCAAUAAAGAUGGUGAAUCUGGUCAACCAUUUGAUAUUCGAAUGAUUCUCAAAGGAAAACAGAAUCAAAUUGAUUUGAUUGAAGUUAAAACGACUCGUUUAUCAACACAAAAUACAUUUCCAAUAUCAAUUCGAGAAGUUGAAUGUUUAAUUUCAAAUCAAAAUAAUUAUCAUAUCUAUCGAGUUUAUUAUUCCAAUGAUGAAAUAUCUUCAACAAUUACUAUCGUUAGUCAAAUAAAAUAUAAUUUAGAACAAAAACAACUUUCGCUUUCCAUGACAAUUCCAUCGUAA